CACACCUGAAAACAGGGUGACGAAUACUUUAGGGUUCCAAUAAAACUUGAUACUGUCCGCACAGCCAGCUGCUAUAAAGCUCUGUGCUAACGUAUUACGACAGUCAUUAGCAGAAAUCAAGACACUGAGAAUAUGGACAAAAGGUCUAUCACUCUAAUCCUCCUCGUGAGCGUCGCGACGCUGAUCCCAAGUGUUAGUUCUCAAGUUUGCGGCGCUUAUGGAUUCUUCUGCGAUACCUGCUCAUCGGUUCAAAUCUGUCAAUCCGGAGUCGCUGCUGGAUUCAGUCUAGCUUGCCCUACUGGUUUUUAUUGCGACCAGACAUCCACAAUGGUUUGCGGUGCAACUAGCUGCCCCAGUAAACCCUACCCUUUCUACAAUUGCGAGACGAGUGGGGAUUUUGCGUGGCACCGCAACUGCAGCCAGUACAUCUCGUGUGUAGAUACAAGUGGAACGCUUGCUCCCACUCUUAUAGACUGUCCACCGGCCAUGGUCUUCAGCUCCGUCGCUGCUACCUGCGUGCCUGAAACUUCCUACACUUGUGUCAAUAUGAGUACCACCGAAACCACCACGGGAUCAUCACCUACCGAGACUCCAAACACCACAACUGAACCAACUACAACUGCAACUGAACCAACUACAACUGCAACUGAAUCAACUACAACUGCAACUGAACCAACUACAACUACAACUGAAUCAACUACAACUACAACUGAACCAACUACAACUACAACUGAAUCAACUACAACUACAACUGAAUCAACUACAACUACAACUGAAUCAACUACAACUACAACUGAAUCAACUACAACUUCAACUGAACCAACUACAACUACAACUGAACCAACUACGACCACAACUGAACCAACUACAACUACAACUGAACCAACUACGACCACAACUGAACCAACUACAACUACAACAGAUACUACCACUUCUACUACAACUACUACUACUACUACCACUACAGAGACUGUACCAGUUUGUACCGUAUAUUCCAGAUUUCCCGUAACAUCUGAUAAAACUUGUCAGUCAUAUUACCUCUGUUAUCCCAAUAUCGACGGCAGUUUCACCCUACUGACACUGACUUGCCCGACAACAACAGUAUUUCAUCCGAUAUCUAGGAGAUGCGUUCUACCAACUGCCUACACCUGUACAAAUUAGACCAUAAAAACAUGUACGUUCAAAAUGGGUUGAAAAUGUUUUAUUGGGGAUGAGGUUUUUACUUAGGUGUAUUAUCAAUGUGCGUAAAAGAUACGACAUGGAAAUAUGGUUACGGUAUACAUUAGGACUUUUGAAUAAACUCCAAAUUCAUCUUA